GCUAUCAUCCCGUAGGGAAAUGACGAGGCGGGGAAGGAAGGGGAAGGGGGUGAAGUGGCUGAAGCACUACUCAUCGGCGCAGAGCAUACUCAUCAUCGGAGAUGGGGACUUCUCCUUUUCGAUGGCGCUAGCCACAGCAUUUGGCUCCGGUGCCAACCUCGUCGCGACAUCACUCGAUUCCUACGAGGCUCUUAUUUGCAAGUAUUCCGAAGCAGAAUCAAAUGUCAUGGAGCUGAAAAUAACGGGGGCCACGGUUUUGCAUGGUGUCAAUGCAAAAAAGAUGAAGUCUCACACUUACCUGAAGACAAGACAGUUCGACCGUAUUGUCUUUAAUUUUCCACAUGCUGGAUUCAAAGCAAAAGAUUACAAAGAGGUUCAAAUGGUCAGCUUGCACAAGGUUCUGGUGAAGGGUUUUCUUGCCAAUGCGCGGUGCCUGCUUCACCCUUAUGGUGAAAUCCACAUCAGCCAUAAGAUUGGAUAUCCUUACGACGAGUGGAAUUUAGAGCAGCUCGCCUCUGAGUCUUCUCUUACUAUGAUCAAGAAAGUUAAGUUUCAAAAAGAAGACUACCCUGGCUAUAAUCAGAAGAGAGGGGAUGGUGCUAAGUGUAAUCGAUCUUUUCCUCUUGGUGAAUGCUGCACUUUCCAGUUCUGCAUAAAAAGUGAAGAACCUGAAGAGGAAACUCCAUUGGUUUGUCUUGUUGCUGCAUUGGCCAAUGUAAACUUGUCUCAGAGUCACCGCAAUUAUGUGACCGUGUGAGCAGCCGCGGCGCACAGCCACUCUGGGAGAAGCAGUUUGUUGAACUAGUAGUACUAGUAGUAUAUAUCAAGGGUACUUGCUGGUUUAGCUGUUGAAUUACUAAUAUUCAGGAUGUUUUCGAUCAAUUCUGAAUUGCUGAUGAUGAAACAUCCUAUCCGUCACCGUGUCUGUGUAAU